AUGUCCGAUCAAUUUGAUAACAUAGGCACCGAUUCCACCCUUUGGAUUCCACCGAACUUUCCAAUAGAAGACAUUGACAUUUCAAAUGACAUCGCCAUUUCAUAUACAAUGUAUAAGCGAGUUGAUAAGAAAAUUAAGCCUGUUCCAGGAGUAUUUCCCCAAGAAGCACAAGUCCAGCGACGGUUUCCAAGUGACCCUUUAGAAACCCUACCUGUCUUAUCACCUCAUCUCCCUGAAUUUAAGCCAUCCAUUAAAAUUACAACUGAAAGAAUGAAGUCCCUUAAUAUUAAUUCUAUAGGAUUCCUGUCAACGGAAGAAGAGAAAUUGUUCAGUCAUAUCAUGAUGCUUAAUGAAGAUGCCCUAGCAUUUGAGGAUAAUGAUCGUGGCACCUUUAAAGAAUCAUAUUUUUCACCAUAUAUCAUUCCAACUGUACCACACGUGCCAUGGGAAUACAAAAAUAUGUGA